AUGGAUGUAUGGAAUAUUUAUAAAGAAGCUAAAGGGGUUAAUAAUUCACUUUACGAUUGGCAAAAAGAAUUUUUACAAGAUGAACAACUUAUAAUUGAACGUAAAAAUUUUGUUUUAUGGUUACCUACGGGUGCAGGAAAGACACUUGCUGCAGAAUUACUUUUGUUGAGAGAAUUGUUAAUUAAACGUAAAAGUUGUAUUUUAAUUUUGCCUUAUGUUGCUAUUGUACAGGAAAAGAUUAUUUCUCUUUCUCGUCUCAGCGAAAAGCUUGGUUUUAUUAUUGAAGAAUAUGCUGCUUCUAAAGGAAGAUUUCCUCCAAUUAAACACAGAAAUGCUUAUUCUAUUUAUGUUUGCACAAUUGAAAAGGCUAAAGGUUUGAUAAAUUCAAUGCUUGAGAAAGGGAGAAUGAACGAAAUUGGAAUGGUGGUUGUCGAUGAGUUACACAUGCUAGGAGAAGCUGGCGGACGUGGUGCUAUUUUGGAACAAAGUCUUUGCAAAUUAAUGUUUAACCAACAAAAUCAACAACAAAUUCAAAUAAUCGGAAUGUCUGCAACUUUAGGAAAUGUUGAUGAAUUAUGCCAAUUUCUUUCAGCAAAAAAAUUUCGAACAAAUUUUCGUCCAGUUAAAUUAGUUGAAAGAAUUAAAAUGCAAGAUAAAUUAUAUUCAUUGGAUAAAGAAGGAAAUUGGACAAUUGAAAUGAAUUUACCUAAGAAAAAUGUAAGCGGAUUUUUUUAUUUAAGUCAAUAA